CAGUUUGUUGUAAUAUACCAUUUUUUUCCCUAUUAAAUUGAGGUGGAUAGAUUUGAAUUACAUUGUCUGUAAACAAAGUAGUAGUUCAGAUGAAGAAAAAUAUAAAGUAGGGCAUUGUCAUUCUUGGAGUUGCUGCUUUGCCAGCAACUCCUCAGCACUGUGUUUACCUUCUCAUGCAGAUGUUCCCCCUGGAUUUGUACACUGACUGCUUCUAUGAGAACAGGAGGGAUGCCAUCGAGGCCAGGCUCCAGCUGCUUCACGGAGCUUCCUUGGAGACUCUGGCAAACUUGAUUGCUGACAUCUGGACCACUCAGGAGGGAAAAGCAGCAGCACUGGUUAGCUGGGGACUUUUUAGUUCCCUCCAGCAGGUUCAGAGCCUUGUCACUUGCCUUGGAGGAAUGUUUCUGAGUGGCGUUUUUAGGCGACUUUCCAAAGAUCUGCGCCAUUGCAGAGGGGGGCUUCCUGAUCUGGUUGUGUGGAGUACUCACAGUAAUCACUUCAAGCUCGUAGAAGUGAAAGGCCCCAACGAUCGCCUGUCCCACAAGCAGAUGAUCUGGCUGAGUGAGCUGAAGAAGCUGGGGGCUGCUGUAGAAGUUUGUCACGUACAAGCAGUUGGAGCUAAGAGUAAACGCCUCAGUUGACAAAAGGUCUUAACCACAUGGGUAACUUGGUUGUUUCUAAGGAUGUGGUUGGCCAUACACUGCUGGUUACUGCUUAUUCAAAGUCUUUUCUUCCGAAUUCUGGCUUCUUAGUGCACAAAACAUUCUAAAGAAUAGUCUGAGAAAACUGUCACUUGUGUGCAGUAGAAUAAAGUAUUUUCUUCUAUACAUAUUUCAUAAUUGACUCUGUGAAGGGUAAUUGAGGGCCUUUGCCCAGUCUAGACAAACAGCUGCAGGUGCUUUUUGUACCAUUAUUUGUACCAUUGAGAACAUUUGCUGCCAUGAACAAUGUGGGCAGCAAAGCCUGGUGAUUCCCACAUUGCAUUCAUUACCUUCCCUUCAGUGACCUUCCUCCAAGACCAGGAUGGUUUUCUAACUGUCUCCGUUCUGUAUAGUGAUUUCAAUUUUUCAUUUUAAUGUGAAGUACAGAACCAGUUAUUGGUGACAUCGCUUAAGGUAUAAAACAUUUUUUAAAAUGUUUCAGUUUGCUGCUAUAUCUGAUUGACUAAUAGGAUUGUUCGCUCAAUAACUUCUGUCUGGAAUAGCUGUGUUACCUACAAAAAUGGGCCAUGAUGGUUCUGGUAGUAGACAGGAGUUGAGAAGUGCCAGAUUUCCUGCACUCAUUUGCAGGGCUGGUCAUUUACCCCCUGCAUUAACUGGUGUGUGGUCUCCUUCACAAAUAAUUCUAAUGGAACCAAAAAAUCCUGGGGCUUUGUGUCACUUUUAACAUUUUGCCAUAAUCCUUCCUCUGGAGUCCUAAUUCUCAUAUUGAGAAAAGUUUUCUUAAUAACAGGUAUUCUGCUUACCAUGCAAACAGCAAAUGCUUUAAUAAUAGAAUACAGUGAGAAAUUAAGAUCAGCUGCACACCAUUUUUUUCCUCUAAAUCAGUCAUCUUUCUUAAGCACAGCAUCCCUGCUUUUCUUGGAGAAAAAAAAAA